UGGUAUCAUUUAUCAAAGCGAUAAGAAUGUUGACAACAAGGGUAUCAGUGCUGAACAUCUGAAAUCGUUGGAUCUACUGUAAAAAUGUAAAGUAGGCGAAAAUCCAACAGUAAAAAUAGUAGAGGUUCUACUGACAAUUGUUUAUCGCGCUUUGUUGGUUUUGGACGUCAGUUCUCAAACGUAAGCGAAAUGACUCUGAAAGCGGUGAUCCUCAUCGGCGGCCCUUUGAAAGGAACCCGUUUUCGACCAUUAUCUUUAGAUGUAGCUAAACCGCUUUUUCCUGUUGCUGGUCUCCCGAUGAUCCAACACCAUAUCGAAGCAUGCGUGACAGUUCCAGAUCUCAAGGAAAUAAUUAUCCUUGGCUAUUAUCCAGCUAGCGAAUUGUCAGCCUUUAUUUCUGAAAUGGCUCAAAAAUACAAUAAAUCAAUUAGAUACCUUCAGGAAUUUACUUCACUAGGAACGGCAGGUGGAAUGUAUCACUUCCGGGAUCAAAUUAGAUACGGAAACCCUGAUGGAUUUUUUGUCCUCAACGGUGAUGUCUGUGCAGAUUUUCCAUUAGUUGAAAUACUAAAGUUUCACAAUAGCAAAGGCAACGCUCUAAUUACAAUAAUGGCGACUGAAACGAAUAAACAGCAGGCGUUGAAUUAUGGCUGUAUCGCAAAGCACCCCAAUCUCGAUUACAUGACCCAUUAUGUUGAAAAACCUUCAACAUUUGUUUCCCAUUUUAUAAACUGCGGUGUGUAUUUUUGCUCAAUAGAACUCUUUGAUACAUUAGCUUUGGCUUUCAAGGAGAAAAAUAAAAACAUCAACUAUGAUGGAUCGGGAGAUUUUCACAAAGACUCGGGUGCAAUGCAAUUGGAGCAAGACGUUCUGACUCCCCUGGCGGGCUCAGGGAGAGCGUAUGUCUUCACGACGACAAAAUGGUGGUCUCAGUUGAAAACUGCCGGUGCUGCCAUUUAUGCGAACAGGCAUUACUUACAGCUAUAUAGGCACACUCAUCCAGAAAGGUUAUGUACAAACAACAAAAAUAUAAUUGGAGAUGUUUACAUUCAUCCGACUGCCAUUUUGGAUCCAACAGCCUGUAUUGGUCCAAAUGUAAGUAUCGGCGCAGGGGCUGUAAUUGGGCCAGGUGUAAGAGUAAAAGACGCCUUGGUGCUUGACAGCGCUUGUAUUGGUAGUCACACUCUAGUGACUCACUCGAUUGUUGGGCGUCAAGUGAAGAUAGGCAGUUGGGCCAGGGUUGAAGGGACUCCUUGUGAUCCAAACCCCAACAAGCCAUUUGCAAAAAUGGACAACCUUCCGCUUUUCAACAAAGACGGACGUCUUAAUCCUUCGAUUACAAUUUUAGGUUGUAGUGUGAAAGUGCCAUCUGAAAUUAUACUUCUUAAUUCAAUCGUCUUGCCUUACAAAGAAUUGACAAGAAGCUUCAAACAUGAAAUUAUUUUAUAAACUCUUGCCAGUGAAGUUAUUUUGUAACCAAAUAUCCAAUAAUUCAUAUGGAAAAAGUUUUAUCUUUUAAUUAAAAAAAAUUAAAUAAA